CGUAUUUGGUGCGGUCAUCACUUCGCCAUGGGCAAGAAAAGUAAGGCAACCAGUGGCCGUAAGCGUAAGGCCGGUCAUCUGGGCUUCCAGGCCGGCGAGAUCGCCUUCAUUGAGGAUGAAAUGGCGGCGCUGGCGGCUGAAUACGGGCUAGACGUGGACGGUGACGUUGCUAGCCACGUACAGCAGCGCAAACAAAGCAAAAAGACGCGCAGACGGCAACUCCCGAGCGCCACGAGCGGCCAUACAACCAGCAAUUACCACUCUGGCAAUAGCAACUUAAACAACAUUAAGCUGCUCAAGGUUAAUCCCAAGCAAAGCAAGCCUGAGGACCCCGCGGACGCCCACAAACUCGUCCUCAAGCGUCUGGCCGUCGUACUGCCCGAUACUUGCGCACUACGAGCCUGUGGCGUACCUGGCUGUUCGUGCGUCAAUGGCUCACGCUCUUUGGGCCUUCAGGAGCGCGACGACGGUGAUAAAACCACGCGAGACCUACUCGAGAACGCCCAGUGUCAGAAAUGCCAACACGGAGUUCUACAGCACGCGGUAGUUCUCCGAGAAGACGCAGAACCUGCCGCUGCAUUGCCUAGUGGCGGCCAACGACUACUACAGACUCUGUUCCAGAUUAUUCGUCUUGGAAGGAUAGGCGCCAGUAUCUUAAAGAGCCGCGUAUGGACCAAGUCCGCCUUAGAGCGUCUCGACGCUGUGCUCGCUCACCUCAAGAAACAAUUCGCAGCUGGAGGGUCCCAGAACGGUCAAAAGUCAUCCGACGAACUCCGUCAGGAGAUGCAGCUGCUCACAGACCUCCAAGCGCAGCUCCGUAAGGCCCAACAAGCGGUGGGAACAGCAUCUCGCGACCAACUGCCCAUUUCUCUGGCCUGUGUGUGCGAUCAAAUGUACUUCCAGACAUACUACGCUGCUCUUGUCCUCUACGGACGUGCGUGUGGCGCUGUGCCUGCGCCCGCAACGUAUCUAAAAGACCUCGAGACGUUCACGUCGUCCCAAUUAGAAACGUUUCUAAACCACGAAUUGGCGGGCUCGGCUCGAUUGCUCAAGUCUCUGGCACUCCCAACCACUUCAUCGUCUUCCCAAGACGAAAUAGCGCGUGAACGCUUGCGUGCGCAGCAACAAGAAGACCAGAACCCGCUGCUUUCUAUCUUCCACGCUCGUCUCCGUGAAGGUGUUCGUUUAUUCUACGAAGAAGGCGUCGGGAUGGAUGGAGAAAUGGACGCUGUGCUAAGUGCUCCUAAGAGUGAACCUGUGGCUAGUAAGAAAGCCAAGAACAACAAGAAGAAACACUAUCGUCGAGAGAGAAAGGACACAAGUAGAGACACAGACGUGUCGCUGCAGGAGAUGCCUAGUUAUCCUCUUCUAGCUCAGUGGCGUAACAAUUGUAGGGACUGGUGCUGUCACUUGUACGCGUAUGCGACGCCCACCCAGCAGGCGCUGGAGGUCAUAGCGCAACACGCUCCUAUCGUCGAAGUUGGCGCUGGCACGGGCUAUUGGAGCUCACUCUUGCAACGUGCUAACGUGGACAUUGUCGCGUAUGAUAAAGCGCCUCCGGGUGCUGACGGCAAGGAAGGCAACGCGUAUCACGGUCACGUGCCGCCGUUCUGCUCCGUUGGACGUGGCGGGCCUGAAGUUCUGAGCCAAGAAGACAUGACAGAGCGUAGUUUGUUCCUCUGCUACCCGCCACCGGGCGACGCUAUGGCUGUACGUAGCCUUCAGCUGUUCCAAGGUCAUGUAGUGCUACAUGUCGGGGAGUGGCAGGGCGAUACAGGAGACAGUCGCUUCGAGAGCGAACUCCAACGUCGCUUUGUACUGGAACAGGAGAUCGCGCUGCCUAAUUGGGGCAACUCAGCGUACGGAUUGACCGUGUGGCGUCGUACGACGAAGGAGGUUGAGUCGAUAGCGUGGCGUGCCAUGAGCUGCUUCCAUUGCGACAAGACAUUGGCGGAGGCUGCGGAUGAAGGAGAAUUGCUGAGACGCUGUGUGGUCUGUAAGACGAACGUGUACUGCUCAGCAACUUGUGCGCAACGAGAUGCUGUGGGCCAUGCUGCAGAGCAUGCUGCUCGUCUGGUGUUCCUGGAAGAACCGACCUCCUAUGAUCGAGUGUUUGAGAAUGAAGCUUUCUAUCGCGAGCUUAAGGAGCCUGAUGUGGAUGAUACAGUCGUGGCUGUCAAGAGCAACUGGAACGCGCUGACGAAGUCGGAUGUUAGGGAUGCAGACGCUGAUAGUGGUUCGAAUGUCGAGGAGAGCGACGAAGACGAUACGUUGACUGAUAAGAAGACGACGUUCGCCUUCAACUUCGGCGCUUGA